AUGUCCAGCUUGGUUAAUAUAGCUGCCAUAGUCUUCAUUUUGGCUGAGUCGGUUCAACAACAGAUGUGUUAUUUGCCGGACAUUUCUGAUAUUAAACAGUACUUCCAAGUUUCAAUACCUUCAUGGGCCGCAUCAGGAGCAAAUGUUUCUGGACCUGCAUAUGACUCUGGGUUUUGGUCUGGCGGCGAAGGGGGCAAAUUGAAAGGCGGUAUUGAAGAUCUCCUCGGCUAG